GGAGAGGAUUGGAAGUGAGAGUGGGAGAGCAAUUAGGAAGUGGAACAGGAGGAGAGCCUGGAAUGAGCGAGCACCGAAGCCACUCACGCCACGCAUCACUGCCGCUCUCGCAGCUUUCCAUAGUUCCCGCCCGCUCUCCUUUUCAAGCGUUUUUUCGCAAGUCAGCUCCGCGUUGUUUUGCCGGAAAAGCCGGGAAAAUUGUGAUAAUCCAUCGGGGAAAACGGUCGCCCAGCUCCGUAGUGUAGUGCCGUGUAGUCCAGCAGUGUUUAAAUAUAAAAAACAACCCAAGAUCAACGUUGCUACAGUGUUUAGUGCAAAAAAAGCAAUGCGUGGGUGAACGCGGACCAAAAGCCACAAAGAAAGCUCCGUAAAUGCGUGCAAGUGCAGUGCAAAAAUGAUUUAUAUGUUUUGGAUGUAUAGAAACAUAUUAUAAAUAAACAAUCAAUCAUUUUGUUAAUGUCCAAACAAGCAUAAAUAGCCUUAUGUCCACAGGCGUCUCAUGUUUUUUUUUCAUUCGGUCACGCGUUGCCCGCGGCUGCAAUAAGAAUAUGCAGAAAAGGUACCAAGAGAGAGAGAGAGAGAGCACACCCACUCCAACAUGUGGUAGGCGAUGCGAAGAUGAGCAAUCUCUUAUGCUCUCCCGCCAAGUGUCACACUCUAACAAGGUGAGGCACUCCACAUUCUGUAGAUGUCACCUCUCUCUCCAUCAAAAUUUGGGAAUGCGCGUGGGAGUCUGCCCUAUAACGGCUCACCUUACUAUUUAUAUACCCAAAAUGCGUGCUCUUAUUGAAAUUGCUGUUUACAAAUCGUUUUUCGUGGGCGUGGGCGAAGGGGAAAAAUAACGAUCGCAAAAAAGGAAAUGUAUAUAAGAGCUAGAAGUACAAAGAGAAGAGGGCGAAUACAGCAAUGCAAAUCUAACGGGACAACAAUUACGGCAAAAAGGUGGCUUACAUCAAUCAAUCUUCGAGGACACCUUUGAGCCCUGCAUUUUGGUUCUUCAUGUGCAUUUUGGUAGCCGCCACUGUGGCCGUGGCACAGGCCGGUAUCCUGCCCCACUUGGAUCAUCAUUUGGAGCACCAUUUGGAGCACGAGCUGCCGCACUUUACGGACGCCGAAGUACACCAUUCGGAGGGCAUCCAUUUGGGGCACAGUGCGGCCAUCAUACACCACGAUGACCAUCACUUGGACGCCGUGCCACAUCACUAUAGCAGCAGCCACUACGAGGCAGUGCCGCACUACAGCAGCCACUACGAGACGGUGCCGCACUACAGCAGCCACCACUACGAGCAUCUGCAUGCCGCGCCGGUGGUGCACCAUCACAGUCACGCCGCUUUGGUGCACUACAAGCCCCAUUUGGAUGUCCACAGCCAUGCGAGUCUGUUGUCCUUUGCGAAGCAUCAACUCCAUGGAAAAUAUGGAAAGCUAAGGAUCACAGAGACGCACUAUUGAGAGAGAGAGAGAUUCCACCUGCCACUGCCGCUGCCCCCUCUCCAGGGGCAUCAUCAUUCAGAAGAGCCUUCAACAUCCAGCAGACAAUUUAUCAUCCGCUCAUUCGCUCAUUCGCGUGGAGUUGCAGCCCCACGAAAGUAAUUUACUUGCAAUUUAAAGAUAAACAGGCGCGAUAAUGUCUACA